AUGGGUUUCGGUUCGUUCGAUACGAUAUGCGAGAAGGCGCCGGUCCCUUUGUGUUCCCUGAUCGGCCCGGCGUCAUCAAUCUCCGGGUCCACGGGCAUCAUAUCGAAUUGCUAUGCGCGGAAUAUUGAGGUCGCCAAUACUAUCAUUUUCGAGGGUGCUGCAUCUUUCAUGCAUAUCAUCGCCCUUGCCAUGACUGUGAUCAUGAUUUUGCAUGUCAGAUCCAAGUUCACAGCUGUCGGUCGCAAGGAGAUCAUUACCUUUUUCUACAUCUAUCUUGCCCUCACCCUAUUCUCACUUCUCAUUGAUGCAGGUGUCGUUCCUCCGGGUAGCGGCCCUUUCCCGUACUUCGUGGCCGUCCAGAAUGGCUUGAUAUCAGCGCUAUGCACGUGUCUACUCGUCAACGGAUUCGUGGGCUUCCAACUGUACGAAGACGGCACAGCUCUCUCCGUAUGGCUUAUCCGAGUCCCCUCCGCAGCCAUGUUUGCAGUGUCGUUCGUGAUCUCGCUGGCGACAUUCAAGUCCUGGGGUUCAAUGGGACCUAAGAAUACAACCGGCUUGUUCGUCGUGCUCUACUUGCUAAACGCUAUUUCCAUCGCUGUUUACUUGGCCAUGCAACUGCUUCUUGUUGCCAACACUUUGGAUGACCGCUGGCCACUCGGGCACAUCUCCUUCGGUGUCUUGGUCUUCAUUAUUGGUCAGGUUCUCCUGUACCAAUUCAGCGAUGUCAUUUGCAACAAUGUCCAGCAUUACCUGGAUGGCCUGUUCUUCGCUACUUUCUGCAAUCUCCUGGCUGUUAUGAUGAUCUACAAGUUCUGGGACUCCAUUACCAAGGAGGAUCUGGAAUUCUCCGUUGGCGUCAAACCGAACACAUGGGAAGUUAAGGAGUUGCUGACAGAGGAAGACCGUCGAAACACUGUCUACCCAGACAACAACUCCGAGUAUGCAGGCAGCAUGUACCACCACCGCACUUCCAAUUACGGCCCUCACAACUACUGA